AUGACAAUUUAUGAUGUAUUCUUGUUCACGGUUCGCUUCGGUCGUCCUUCACUGCGAGACCUCAUAAUCAUCGUCCCGAGUAGUGAACUUGACAUCGACGGCAAGGAUCCUUGCGUGGAAUAUUAUAACAACGAGGACUCUCUCCAGAUCCAUCAGGCGAAAAUUGUCGUGCGGCUGCGUGGACUUCAGCAUAUCCGAAUUCAAGCGGAUGAGCCGGGCGAUUACUGCAUUUUUGACGAGCGCGCCACGUGGAAGGACGACACCAUGCGCUUCGAGAUGUUCAUCAGGGUGUUUAUUUUGCAAGCCCCGCUCGAAGUUGGAUCCAAUCGCGCCACUGAAGGUCAACAGAGGCCGCUGUAUCCGGGACCGCGCGUCUGUGCCGGUCCGUCGAACAUUUUGCUGCCAGAUCUCGGCGCCAUGAGUGGCGAGAGUCUGUACGGCCGGCUGAUGAAGGAAGUGAAGAUGAGUGCUAAUGGGAAGGGAGUGACCGACUCGGAUGUUCCGAGUAGCGAGGCAGGACUGUGGUCGUUCAUGGCGUCCAACCCAGUAGGUCUUCUGGAGUGGAUACGGGAUGCGAAGAAGCGCUUGCAGGGGGUGCACGGCGGCGAAUGGCAUGGUGUCCUCGUGGGAAACGGCUAG